AUGGAUCAGUUUGUGGGCUUAGACAACCGCGCGCAAAUUGUCAAAGGCAAGCGUACGAAACGCCACCAGAAGUUGUCAUCGACACACGUCGAAUCUGCCACGGGGACCAUCACUGUGUCGGGUGGCGGCAUCGGCGAUAGCAGCUCGAUUUUGUCGUCCCCAACGUCCUCGAUUGACAUGGAAGAGAGCAGCACCGGCGAACAUCGCGAGGAAGACAUGGCGAAUUGCCUCAUUCUUUUGGCACGAGGCAAUGUCCCAAUACAAGUAGAAGACGAGAAAGGUGGCCAAGAAGUUUAUGAUUGCGACGCCAAAGGGAAAAGCAAAGGUUGUGUUCAACUGUAUAAAUGCAAGACAUGCGGUCGUACGUUUGCAUCGUUCCAAGCUCUAGGAGGCCACAGGUCCAGCCACAUGAAGAAGCCGAAGUCCAUGGGACAACAGAAGCUAGUGAGGUCAUCUCCCAUGAAAGAUUGCGACAAUGAUCCAGGCCACGUACUUGGCCAGGACAAGGUCAACAUGAAGAUGCGCGAGUGCUCGAUAUGCGGGAUGCGGUUCAAGUCGGGUCAAGCACUUGGAGGUCACAUGAGGCGACACCGGGCGCUCAAUGCGGGUGCCCGUCAUGUCUCGGUUACGAGCCUCGAGAUAACACUGCGCACCGAUCAGAAAAAGUUGGGCACCGUUCUUCCUCUGGAUCUUAACCUUCCGGCACUGGAUCUUAACCUUCCGGCACCGGAGGACGACGAUCAAUAUAGUCCCCAAAUUCAUCAUUUCUCUCCAGCAGCAAGCCAACAGACGCCGCCGAUGGCGUCGGCUGCUGCAACCCUAGUCGAGUGCCUUUUCUAG